AUGAGAUUCAGAUUCAAGCUUACCCCCACCAACUUCAACCUUUCCUUCUCCACCGAUCCCCAGGACGUCGCUGGCUCUGUGUAUUUCAACGUUCUGCAAACUCCUCAACGCCUGGAGUUUCAGUUCAUGCACGACAGCAACGUCUCCUUCCCCUCCUCUACAGUCCCCAACGCUGAAGUUGACUCGGACUACUACGACAGCACCUACGCCGACCACGACUUUCCUACGUCAUCUUUCGAGGUACUUACCGACGACAGUAUCUCCGAGGAAACCACCGGUCAACCUGACGCGUCCGAGCCCACUAUCAGCAACGAAUACCGUGCUAGCUACGGCAGCACCUACGUCGGCCAUUCCGACAAUCUUGAGACGAUCGACUCUACUCGGCCGAUUACUCAAGCCGAAGCCGAGCCUCAUAAUGCGACUGGCUCUGACGAUCUCAGCUCCCCAUCGGAGCAGUCUGCCAACGAGAACGACGACCCUGCAGAGCUUGAGCCCGCGACGCUCGCUACUGCCACGCCGCCCUCCGCUGAUUUUCCCGUCAGACAGCCGUCCCCUGAGAACGGCAGCCGUGCUCUUACAGCUCGCAAGAUCAUCCUGGCAAUGAUCGGUCACCAUUCAUUGACUCGCGACGCGUGCCUCGGAAACGGCACGCAAGCUCUCACUCCUGGGCAGGCGGCCGGUCGUCGUAUCCUGGAUCUGAUUCAGCCUCCCAGACUCACCCCCGGACAAGCAGCCGGUCGUCUCAUUCUCGAUUUGAUCAAGCCCAAAUCGAGCAUCGAUCACGGAACUCUAGACGUCGUCAAGAACCGUGGUAACGGCGUAUAUUCGGAUCCAGCCAUCGUGUCAUUUCUUCGCGGCCCCGAAACAGAGUCUGAGCAGCCAGCGCGCAGCUCCUCUGCUUUGACGCAAGAGAACGAUACAUCCUCUGAGAUACUCAUCCAGAAACAUAGAUCCGUCCGUGCUCCUAAUCGUCCAUCUGCUCCCCUCAAGUCUUCUGAGCGCAAGAAGAAGAACUAUGGCGAGAUCAAGAGCAGCAUUGCCGCGACUACGACGAAGGAAGACUCUACAGCUCAGCCAGAGUUUGAUUUGCUCUCUCAACUCCCGAUCGAUCCCGUCCAGUUGCUCGUCCAGAAGUUCGAAGCAUUGCAAGCUACGGUCCCCGAUCCUAAAUUUCUCCACUCCAAGUUCUACCGUUCUCGUGCCUCUAGCAGAUCGAACGUGGCGGACGGCCCUUCCCAAAAGGCUAGCGAGCCUAUUGUGCCCGAGAAGGCCGAUGAGCCGGAACCAAUCGUCGAUGGACCAUCUGAAGCCAUCCAGGAGGAUCACCUUGCUGGCUCUGCAACGGUCUCGACCGGUAUGCAGCUGGUAUUGCGACAUGAAGCCUACCACUUGGACAGCCCUGCGCCUGUAUUCCGUCGAAUGGUACUUCCUGAUUGGGUCCUCCUUGUUCUCCAGUCUCCGUUCAGGCCGUCCAUCAGCCGCGAGCUUGCCCUAUCUGUUCGAGGUCCUCUUGAUCUGCUGGCGCCGCCAGAGUUGUCUGCCCUCGUGCUUUAUCGCUCUUCGUCAAGACAGGCUCCGCUCGCGCUUCUUCCGGCACCCGAACCGGUAUCUGACCGCCAGCUUGUGCUCUACAGACAGAGCACCUUCGAAGCCGUUUUCCUGUCUUCGCCAGAGCCGGUCCGAGACCGCGGUUUUGUGCUCUACCGAGCACUGACGGUGAAGCAAGGCUUGCUUUCCCUGCCCGCACCAGUUCAUCUCUCCUUGCGAUUCCGGAUCGCUAACAGAGCAUCCGCUCUUAUUAUGCACGCGCGAUAUGCGUGCUGCGAGAUCAUCGCUUUCGGAUUUGUUUACUCCGUUGCCGCCCUGGCUUUUUUGGCGCACUUGGCACCCACCGUUCUACGAUAUACGGGUCAGACAGUCUCAUUUGCUUGGGGGAUUAUUCUCGCUAUAUUCAUCUCAUUCCAAGGAGAGUUUCGCUAUCAGCUUGAAUUAAGAAAGCAGAAAAAACAGGCCGCGCUUGACUGUAGAUCCCUUGUGAUCUACCGGCCUCCCCCCGCUUCCUUUUCCUCUAUCGUUAUCUCGUAUGUCACUGCGCUGGGCAGUCUUUGCGUACGUGGAGGAAGAGUUUCCAAAGCCGUCGCUAUUUCCAUGGUUUCCAGUCUUUCCGGUUUUGUGGAUCUCAGCUUCAAAGCUGUUCUUGUGGUGAUCAUUAUUCUGCUGGCAGGACUCGCACGCGGUCUCCAGAGAUCCUUCCAGCUCGUCCGCAUUGCGACUACCGCGGUGCACACUUUCAUCGUCACCAACGGGUCUACCCUUUAUACUCUUUGGCGGUUUGUUUGGUUGGUUUAUUAUUUGACUGUGAAGUACCGGUUCAACAUGGGAGAUAGGCAGCUCUCUGAACUUUUGGUGCUUUUGCAGGCUAAUUGGCGUGUGUUUGGGCAGUUUUUUGUUAUUAUGGUUUCUUUUUUCCUUUUUUCUUCUAUUCCAUAUUUUUAUGAUGAUUCUCAGCAGAGAGAGCAGAGUCUGCAGACCGUGCAGGGUAUUUUUUCAGACGAGACGUUUGAAACGCACGACAGAGAGCUAGAGCAAGAGAAGUCUAUCGCCGCGGCCGCACCCACGACCGGUGGUGCGAGCCAUAUCGAUGCGCGACCUUCACUUACGCUGACUACAGAGCUUGCUAUCUCGAGUAUGAAGGACAGUAGCCCGGCUACUGAGUCUUCUUCUUUGGAGCUAUCGCCCUUCUCUAGCCCGUCUCUCCCAGCCUCAUCGCCAGCCUCUUCGGUGCCUUCGCCUGACACAGUCCUGGAGAAGCCCGAGCCCUUCUCUCAAUACGGCACGGAGGAGGUUGUGUCCCACGACGAUGAAGUGGAUUAUGAGAUGGACUACUCCCCUGCGAUCCCCGAUGAGAUCGAAUAUAGGGGGGAGGGCGAUAGCUCGAUUCAUACGAACUGUCCCUCCGACUGGUACUUUCCCGAUUACGAGCAAGUCCUUGACGGAGCCGAUGGUUCGCACUAUCAGAUUUCUGACAUGGAGCCGUGCUUGUCUAUCUUUUUGGUUGACGAGUCUACCAUUCCGUGGUAA